ACCUUAUUUUCCGUGGCAACAGAGGUGCCGCCAUUGCGUUCGUUUUGUCAUCUUACUUCCGGCUGAGAAGGAACUACUUAAGCUAGUGACUAGAUAACAGAACGUUAAUAUGUCAAGUGUUAUAUGCUCAGUUAGGGGCUGCCAUAACAAUUGGAUUAAGAGAAGAGAACAAUUGCACCAACUUUGUUUCGAACACGAUGUGAAGCGGUUGGAGUGUUGUGGGGCACUUUACAAUUUACACCCACCACUUAAAGAAGAGGAGCACCUGAGGCAAUGGCUGAAGGUGCUAAAUUUGAAGCACCCACCAAAGCGCCCUUACGUGUGUUCGUACCAUUUUAUGGACGGGAGGCCGAAUGACGAACACCCUUACCCCAAGAAAUGGCUCGGUUACGAUGUCCCGGUAAAGAAGUCACGCCGGGUGCUGAAAAGAUUGUCAGAAUCAGAUGUAUCGAUGACCACCAGUGAUGCAGUGGACAACUGUGAGGGUGAUCACAUCCACAUGACCCUGAACUGUGAUGCAGAAACACAAUGGGAGGAUCCAUCUGUCUCUGAUCACAACUACAGUACAAAAUCACAACUCAGCCUGAAGCCACCUACAUCUGAUAUGGGAACACAAUGCACUGAGUCGGUGCCAUUGUACAUAACUCUGCUGAAAAAAAACAACCUUUGUCAGCUCUACACAGGGUUGACAUUGGAUGCAUUUCAUUCAGUUGCCGAGCACCUUACCAGGUCCAGUUCAUACACCAACAGCUUCCAGCUACACACUUGCGAUCAGGUCCUGAUGACUCUGAUGAAGCUACAACUUAAUUUAUUGCAGGGUGAUCUUGCUGAAAGGUUUGGUGUUUCUCAGUCCAUUGUAAGCAAGAUUAUUUCAUGUUGGAUUGACAUCAUGGAGGAGAACAUGAGGGAUCACAUACCAUGGCUUCCCAGGGAGACAAUCCAGUCAACAAAGCCUCAGUGUUUCAGAGAACAAUUCCCAAAUACAACAUGUGUGAUCGACUGUUCAGAGACACCCCUUCAAAAGCCACGCAACCUUGACUCAAGAGGCGAGUCCUACAGCCAUUACUACGGCCAGAACACCAUCAAAUAUCUGGUCUCUAUUGCACCAUGUGGACUGAUCAUGUUCAUCUCACCAGCGUAUGGAGGAAGGUGCAGUGACAAAUUCAUAACUGCAAAUUCAGGGUUCCUGGAAUACCUUCGUCCAGGUGAUGAAGUAAUGGCAGACAGAGGCUUCACCAUUACCGAUCUCCUGUAUGAAAGGAAGGUGAAACUCGUCAUUCCAGCAUUCACCAAGAGAGGCAUGCAACUCUCUGAAGAAGACACCACCAACACUAGGCGCAUUGCCAAUGUACGUGUCCAUGUUGAGCGGGUCAUAUGCCGACUGAAAAACUUCAAAAUCCUUUCUCAAACAGUUCCAAUUAACCUCACCCCUAAAAUUUAUAAAAUUUUGAGAAUUUGUGCAGCCCUGUGUAACCUUCGCAGCGACAUAAUUUCUGAUGUAGCAGAUGAAUGUGUUGAUUUGUAGGUGCAUUCCACAACUGUCGAUACAUUUUGCUGUGGUUUUUUUAACUAAUUAAUCAGUGUAAAUAGUGUAAGUAGUUAUUUUUAUAAACCUUUGCAAUGUUACCAGAAGUUACCUGCCGUAAGUUAUUUUUUAUAAACCUUUACAAUGUUACCAGAAGUUACCUGCUGUAAGAUAUUUUUAUAAACCUUUACAAUGUUACCAGAAGUUACCUGCCGUAAGUUAUUUUUUAUAAACCUUUCCAAUGUUACCAGAAGUUACCUGCCGUAAGUUAUUUUUUAUAAACCUUUACAAUGUUA